AGGGAAGCAUUUAUAGUUUGCCGAGGCGUAUACCGCCUUUAAAUUCUUCUUCCUCUGUUUCAAACGGAGGAGGAAGAGGAAAGACAAAGGGUCGUCUUGGAACUCGAUCCACCAUAGAUGGGGUUCCUCGCAUACACUGCGCUACUUCUUCCCUUACUCUCUUUGUUUCUUUCAACUCCUCCCGUUGCUGCUCUCCAAGGUUUCAUUGGUGAGAAGCAAAACUACACGUAAUCUCUGCUUAAAAUGUAUCAAUUUGGAAAAUCAGAUACUGGAUGUGACUCCAAUUAAUUCCAUGAGAGACCCUUUGUCAAAAGACAAUGUAUUAUGUGAACGCAUACUAAUCGGUGGUCUAUCAAGAUGGAAGGUUAGCAGUUAUUCUAGUGCAUUUCGAGUCAGCUUGGUCCCGUCAGCAGUAAUCCCAGAUAGAGUGCUUGGAAAGAUACAAAUUUGCUUUCACAAGAAUUCCUCUAUUGGCUUGUGCCAGUGUGAACAAGAUGCAUGGAAGAAUUUACAGAAAGGUCCAUGGAGCUCUGUCAUGUCCCCUUACGAGGAUAGAGUUCUUGACGUGAAGUUUGUUGGUCUUUCUGAUUCUGUUACUGUUACUCUUGAAGAAGAUUUACAAAGAUGGCGUCUGCUCUUUCUUGCUUUUGGUAUGGUGCUACUGCUCAUGGCACCUAUUGUGAGCAGUUGGGUUCCUUUUUACUACAGCAGUUCGAUGGCUAUUGGAGUUUGUCUUGUCAUCAUUGUCCUUCUGUUCCAGGGGAUGAAAUUGCUUCCAACUGGAAGGAAAAAUAUAUUCUACUUGACUAUCUAUGGUUCAGUGCUCGGAGCAGGAUCUUUUUUGGUGCAUCAAUUCUCAAUGCUGAUAAAUUCCAUUGUCUCAAGCUUUGGGCUUGGUGAAGAGUUUCACAAUCCUGUGGCUGUAUUUGUUCUUGUUGGAAUAAUCCUUGCUGGAGCUGGUCUAGGAUAUUGGUUGGUGCGGAAAUUUGUUAUAUCAGAGGAUGGGAGUGUGGAUGUUGGUGUUGCUCAAUUUGUCACAUGGGCCAUACGCAUCGUUGGCAUUACCUUUGUCUUCCAGAGCUCGCUUGAUUAUCCUUUGGUGGUCUUAGUGCUCAGUUCCUGGUGCCCUAUUUGCUUUGCUGUUACUUCCAUGCAGUGGCGAGUACCGAGUGAUUUGUCAUAUUCUGGAAUUGGAGGUGCUUGGGCAAAGAAUAGCAGGCAGAUGAACAUGAAUAAAAAACGUGCUGAGUUCUUUAGCAAAUCCAGGAAGUUUGGUUCUGUUGGAGUUCCAUAUAGUAUCCCAAAGAGCUCAUUUGCAUGGUCUGAUUCUCUUGUCAAAGGUUUUUCAGAUGGAAAAGGGAAAAAAGUGCACGAAUACUAUUCAACUUUUCACAAGACGCCUAACAGAAAGAGAUUUUCAAAAAAAGAGUGGGAAGAUUUCACACAAGUGUCUACCAAGGAGGCUGUAGCUGAAUUAGCUUCAUCUCCCGAAUUCACUGAUUGGAUCAUCAAUCAUGCUGAUAGAAUACAUCUUCUUCCAGAGGAUAGUUCAGAUGAAUCAGUUGGAAGCGGGUCAGACUCAACAGACGAGAAUGCUGCAGAGAGUUGUAGUGGGCUUGGCUUGUUUAAGUGGCAUCGUCGCUUGUAGCACCUUCCUCUUAAGCUGAUCAUGGGAGUUUCACCUUUAAACACCAGAUGGGAGUUCCACUCUCUUCUGAUUAGACCCAAGCUCUUACCAUUCUUCAGUUUUCCCGUAUGCUUGGCAACAGAGUAACUAUAGUCUAUAGGUAUCGGUAGCUGGUAGUAGUUACAAGUUUUGAGUUGUAGCGUUGGAACUAGCAUUUAAAGCAAUAGUGGUAGCUCCUUGUAUGUUGAUAAAGACUGCAUAUUCAAGCUUUAUCAAUUUUCUUUUGUAUUUCAGUGUUUCAUCUUCAAGAUAUCUUUUCUCCAUA